CUACCUAGGACCCUGUGGCUGGCCAGGACGCCAGACUCUGGCAUUUUGUCAAAAGUGCUGGAGUUGAGGCCGACAGAAAACUGAACGGCGGGCGCUAGCCAAGGCAAGGCCUUCAGUGCCGACCUCGAGACUGCUGUCUGCCAAAAUGUCUGAAAGAUCAGAUCUCCUUCACUUCAAGUUUGAAAAUUAUGGAGAUUCAAUGUUACAAAAAAUGAACAAAUUAAGAGAAGAGAAUAAAUUUUGUGAUGUUACUGUUCUCAUAGAUGAUGUUGAGGUGCAGGGACAUAAAAUUGUUUUUGCUGCAGGUUCCCCCUUCUUAAGAGACCAGUUUUUACUGAAUGAUUCCGGAGAGGUGAAAAUCUCCAUAUUACAGAGUUCUGAAGUGGGGAGACAAUUGCUCUUAUCCUGUUAUAGUGGUGUGCUGGAAUUCCCUGAGAUGGAACUGGUAAAUUACUUGACUGCUGCGAGUUUUCUUCAGAUGAGCCACAUUGUAGAGCGGUGCACACAGGCGCUGUGGAAGUUUAUAAAGCCAAAACAACCAAUGGAUAGUAAAGAGGGAUGUGAACCACAGAGUGCUUCUCCCCAGUCGAAAGAACAGCAGGGAGAUGCCAGAGGCUCUCCAAAACAGGACUUGCCUUGUAUUCAUCCAUCUGAAGACAGUAUGGAUAUGGAGGACAGUGAUAUUCAGAUUGUUAAGGUAGAAUCUAUUGGGGAUGUCUCAGAGGUUAGAAGUAAAAAAGAUCAGAACCAGUACAUUUCUUCUGAACCCACUGCUUUGCAUUCAUCAGAGCCCCAGCACUCCCUGAUAAACUCGACUGUGGAAAACAGAGUGAGUGAACUAGACCAGAGCCAUCUCCACAAUUACGCCCUCUCUUACACAGGCAGUGAUGACAUCAUCAUGACCUCAAAAGAUGUCUUUGGGCCUAAUAUUCGAGGUGUAGACAAAAGCUUACAGUGGCAUCACCAAUGCCCAAAGUGUACCAGGGUGUUCCGUCACCUGGAGAACUACGCCAACCAUUUAAAAAUGCACAAACUCUUUAUGUGUCUACUCUGCGGCAAGACUUUCACUCAGAAAGGCAAUCUUCAUCGACACAUGCGUGUACAUGCCGGAAUUAAACCUUUCCAGUGUAAAAUCUGUGGGAAAACCUUUUCUCAGAAGUGUUCCUUACAGGACCAUCUUAACCUUCACAGUGGAGAUAAGCCCCAUAAGUGUAACUAUUGUGACAUGGUUUUUGCACAUAAGCCAGUUUUGAGGAAACACCUUAAACAGCUGCAUGGCAAAAACAGCUUUGAUAAUGCCAAUGAGAGGAGUGUGCAAGACCUCACAGUGGAUUUUGACUCUUUUGCAUGUACAACAGUCACAGACUCUAAAGGUUGUCAGCCACAGCCUGAUGCAACACAGGUCCUGGAUGCAGGUAAACUGACCCAAGCUGUGCUCAGCUUAAGGACUGAGAGUACAUGUGUAAACUGAGGAGGGGCCUAGUGCUUACAGCUAGAAUUGACUGACUGACAGCAGUGCUGAGUCUUUUUAGGAGCGGUCUUGAUAGUUUCCUCUCCAAAGCCUCUGAGCAGUUGGUUGUGGGUGAGCACCAGCAGACCAGCAAUCCCACGUGCAGUGGCCUUGCUUUCCCUUAGCCCUCUCUUGGCUCUUUUUUGAGUUAUUUAUCCUGUGAUAAUCUGUUUUCCUUUCCUAAAGAAUAAUUCCAUUGUCUACCUAGUGUCAAUACAUGUCUUAGACUGACACAAUUUUAGUCUUUUUACCAAGCACAUUCUGAAGGUACUAACAAAUAACAUCACCUACUUCCAACUAAUAGAUGCUGGGCUUAGAAAAAGUUCGUGUUUUUCUUUGGGGGGAAAAUGAGGCUGGGAUAUGAAGUGAUACUGCUGUUGACCUAAAUAUGUGACAGAGCCUCUGUUUGUCUACUGUGAUUCAUCUAAUACUGAUGAUCAGUGAGUCUGCUUCUUACCGUUUGUCCUUUUUUAGAGCUGCUAUGAAGAAGUAUGUUGGUUUGUACUUUAAACAGUAACACAGCCCAUUGAAUUGUUCUUAUAACCCAGAAUAUAACCCUUUCAGUAACAGCUGCAGGCAAAUAGGGUCCACCAUGGGGAGCAUAACCAGGAAAUAACAGAAGUGUAAUAAAAUAACAGUGGGCACAUGGAAGGUUUCCUAAACAUGUCCCAAGAGGCCAGUUGCUUACCUAUGUACGGUGUUGAUGCUUUUGUAAUUGGAAGUGCUUUGUGUAUAUUUAAGUGAGCUAAGGAAUAAUGAAUGGUCUCUAUCGGAAUGGACUAUCCUGGGGUCUGAACUUUGUAUCAGAGUUAUUACAUAAGAAAGGUGAGUUUGGCCAUCACUUUUGUGCCGUUUAUAGUGUCUCCCAGUUUUCCUUUUCUCAAUGUACCUUCAUCUUGAAAACAUGAAAGAGAAAUUGAGUGGGAUACAGAAGUUUUGGAUUUAGAUCGUUUUAGAGGUACACAAUACACUGCUCACUUUGCCACCUUUCAUAGUUGAUCUUCAAGGGUGGAAAGAAAACAAUUCUUUAUUCUAAAGUACAUUUCAGACAUAAUUUUGAGCUUGUUUUUGACCCUGUGGUCACAGUAAGGUGUAGGAUUGCUAGAGAACUUAGAAACUCUUGAAAGAUUGUUUACACUGUCUCUGUCAUUUUAAAUUGGAGCAUUCACAAUCAAGCAGGUAUCCCGGCCACCAUUGGCCAAAAUACACCUGACUAAAUAUAAAUGACAGCCCUCAUAUGUCUGUCUUACUAGAUCUUGGAUUUAAAGAUGGUGAAUAAUAAUACAUUAACAGAAAGUUUCCAGUUUUGUUUCACUAAUUUGUAUCCCUUUUGGCUUUUAGAGACAGCUUAGGAUUUGUCAAGAAAAUGUCACAGGAUUUGUGGUAAUUACCUGUUUAAACUUGAUUAUAUUGGUGGCUUGUGCUUGUAAUCUUGGAAUUUAUGAAGUUGAAGCAGGAGGGGUGCUAUAAGUUAGAGACCAGCCUGAACUAAGACCUAAAUAAAUAUAAUUAUUGUAGUGGUGCUGGGAGCCAAGCCCAGUGUCUCACACGUGCUAGACAAGCACUGAACCUACACUGAGGUACAACCCUAGUCUGGGUCAUGUUUUUUUUAGGUAUAUUAACAUUAUAUUAUUUCUAAGUGUGAAUAUGGGUUAUGAGGGAAAGGGCAAGUUAGAAUAAUGCGAGGUAGAUCCAAAUGUGAAAUAGGAAACUUUAUUUCUAUCAAAUUUUUGUUUUUAUUUUAGAGCUCUGAGAGUACAUACACAGAUAAUUCCAAAAAUUAAACUUAAUAUUUGUAGAUGACAAGAGGUCUGAAUUUGCUGUAAUUUGAUAUAUUUACACAUGGCUCUGAUUUGAGGCAUAAUUUCUACUAACUAUUUAUUUAAGUAAGAAUACAUACUCAUUGUAUGGUUUAUUAAUGCUUUCUAGCACUCCGAAUUUUAACAAUUCAUCCAAACACAAUGGGAUCUACCAUGUUAUCCAAUGUUUCGAAUAAUUUCUCUGAAUUUUUUUUCAUAGGAACAUUUCAAUGUGACUCCACAAGUGUUACUAUUCUUAUCUGGUUUCUGUUUGUCUGAAGACUAAAAACAGCAAGGCUUCAAAUGAUACUGAUCUCUCUUGUUGGAGGUGAUAUAUUGAUUUAUUUCAGUCACUCAAAGGCCUUUUUUUCUUCUUCUUCUUUUUCUUUUUUAAAUGCUGGGGAGUUUGAACCCAAGGCCUCAAGCAUGUUGAGCAUGUUUUCUACCGAUGGGCAAUUGGUAUUUCCAGGUACUAUGUUAGAUUCUGAGGCUAGGAAGGUAAACUAGAUAUGAUCCCUGUUGUUAUAGGACUUACAGUGUCAAGUGAUUUUGGUGAGACAAGGUCACCAAUUUACUUUAUAACUAAGAAUGGUUGCCUUGUUUUCUUUUGAUCACAUAAAACAGUGGUUCUCAACCCAUGGGUCCCAAUCCUGUGGUGGGUGGGUUGAACAACCCUUUCACAGGUAUCACCAAGACCCCUAGAAAACAAAGAUGUUUACAUUACGAGGAACUAUAUCAAAGGACCUCAGUAUUAGGAAGGGUGAGAACCACUUACUUAAUGGCAGCUUUCUUAGGGUUUUCUGUUACUAAAAUUUUUACUUUUUACUUACCUAAUUUAUGGUCUCCUUCAUUUCUUGUCUGGAAAAUUGUUCUGUGAGACAUGUAAGUUUGGUGGUACUUGGGUUCUUUUCUCAGAUUUUAUUGCAAAGACAUCAAUUUAUAGUGGAAGUGUGUGUGUGUUUAACACUAGUCAGGGUGUAAACCUUAGUUACUCAACAUUUGGGGUUUUUUUUGUUUUGUUUUUUUGUUUUUUUGAGGCGGGAUCUCACUACCCUUUGCUGCCUCAGCCUCCUGAGUGCUGGGAUUGUGUCACCACACCAGACUCAGUAUUUGUUUUGUGUGUAUUCCUAGGAAAACUUCAAAAGGAAAAGGAUUCUCUUUACUGUAGUUUGGUCUUUUAAAAAUUACUGUUAUUUAUUAUUCAAUAUUAAAACAAGCUCCAAACAAGUGGCUAUGAGGUAAAGCAGGUGUAGUUUUGCUUUAGAAGAUAUGUGAAAGGUGACUAGUGUCACUAAAUUUAAAAUACUGUCCUAAACAACUUAGAACAUUUUAUUUCAGCUCAUGAAUGGCUGUUCUAAAUCUGUUGUAUGUUAGACAUACUUUGAACUACCUCUUUACUUAAAAUGGGGAAGUUUCCUUAAUAAAAGUGUGACAAUUAAA